CAUAAUAAAAAAAAUUAAAUGAUAAUAUUAAUGAUCCUGUAUCGCUAUUUUAUUAACAAUAAAAAAAUCAAUGACAGAGGGCAUUAGCAGCACCCAUCAACUGCUAGACCACCUACUUUAGUUGCAAAAUAUUUGAGAAAAUGCUAGACAGCACGCCAAACUUGACCCAUUUUUCUAGGCGCCUGAGCUAUGUAUUGAUGCGGCAAAUACUUAGUUAUGGAUCCUACUGUGAGUGCGUUUGAUGCAAAUCCACCAUGCCAUCCUAAACAUCAUGAACCAGAUGAGACUGAUGGAAUCUGAUGGGAGUUCAGAGAUCAAACAAGUUGAACAAAGCUGUAGUAAUAAGACAGACUCAUCAUCAGCGAAGGAAACGAAAAAGGGAAAGGAAAAGGAAAUUGCAGCAAGAAAAGGAGGAAGAACAAGGCCUCCACUUAGUUUCUUAUCCAUUUUGAAAGAUGCAAAUAUGGAAAUUGACAUGUCUUGCCCUCACAAGCUCUGCGAUCUGCUCUACGCUGGCGUUUACUUAAAGCCCAAUACUCUGGCAAGUUCUUCACUGAUUUUCCCCCACUUCAUAAGCUGCGUUUGAAUCGUAUGUUUGGGUAAGAAUUUAAAUAAAUAAAAAUGUGAGAGAAUUAGAUAUUUCAUUUCUAUUUCUCUCACUGUUUAUUUUUUUUGUUUUAAAUUCAUACCCAAAUCGAUAAUUCAAAUAUAACAUGCAUAUUUCUUAUUUGAGAUGAGUUUUUUUUCUGGUAUGGGUAUGGACUCCGAGCAAUCAUGAUCUUUUAUU